AUGGCGAAGACAAAGAAAAAGGGCGUGUCUGGUCAGGCCAAAAAUUUCAUCACUCGAACACAGGCAGUGCGGAAACUUCAAAUUUCCCUUCCUGACUUCAGAAAGCUUUGUAUCUGGAAGGGCAUCUAUCCUCGCGAACCAAGAAAUAAAAAAAAAGCAUCGAAAUCUUCCAAUGCUGCAACUACAUUUUACUACACCAGAGAUAUUCAAUAUCUUCUCCACGAACCACUACUACAAAGGUUUAGGGAACAGAAAGUACUUGAAAAGAAGAUUUCAAGAGCUCUAGGACGAGGGAGUGUGCAUGAUGCCUCAAGACUUGAGCGUAAUUCAAGUCGACCAGAGGUGACUGGGAAGUCUCGAUAUAGCCUCAAUCACAUCAUUCGCGAACGAUACCCCACAUUUAUCGACGCACUGAGAGACCUAGAUGACUGUCUAUCCAUGUUGUUUCUUUUUGCAAAUCUACCUUCCACAUCGACUAUUCCAGCCAAAAUGAUUGCAAAGUGCGAAAAGCUUUGUUUAGAAUUUGAACACUACUUGAUUACGACAAAUAGUUUACGAAAAUCAUUCUUAUCCAUCAAAGGUAUUUAUUAUCAAGCGACUGUACAAGGACAGGAAAUUUUAUGGCUUGUUCCUUACAAGUUCAAUCAGCGUAUCACAAGCGACGUCGAUUUCAGAAUCAUGGGAACAUUUGUAGAAUUCUACCAGACACUUCUUGCAUUUGUGAAUUUCCGAUUGUAUACCUCGAUUGGACUAGUAUAUCCUCCGAAGUUUGAUAAGGGUAAGGAUGAUCAAGGUGCAGAGCUAGGUGCAUUCUCGCUAGAGCUUAACAAUGUUGGCGCCAUUGAGCAACCAGCGCCAAUUCCUACAGAUACGAAACCCAAUCCAAAACUACAGGCCGAAAUCGACAAGCUCGUAUCUCAGCUAAAUGAGCCUACCCCAAACACAGUACAACACCAGCCUAUAGCAAGUGAAGACGCGGAAAGCCGAAAUGAAGAAUCAAUCGACAAAUUUGAGCCGGCUGCUCCUGGCGGGGAUAUUUUACCACAACCUUCAUACUCAGCUGUUGAACCUUCAAUGCUUUUCUCUGAAUGUGUGUUUUUCUUGUCGCGAGAAACACCGCGCCAGCCUCUAGAAUUUAUUAUCCGAGCCUUUGGCUGUAAGAGAAUAGGAUGGGAUGCAGUACUUGGAGAAGGAGCUUUCACACACGAUGAGUUACAUCCUGAAAUAACACACCAAAUUGUUGAUCGACCACCGCUCCAGAUGGACGGUGGGGAAAAUGAUGUCGAAGAUAAUCAAACGGCACAAAAGCUUCGGCAUAAUUUACGAGUUCCUGGCCGGAUUUACAUUCAACCUCAAUGGGUCUGGGAUAGUAUAAAUGACGAGGAACUUAAAAGACCUGAUCUCUACGUUCCGGGUGCGGAACUACCUCCUCACCUUAGUCCAUUCGUCAAGAAAGUCCAUGGUCAGUAUGAUCCUCGAGCCCCACUUGAGGAUCAGGAGGGAGAAAAUGAUGCAAUUGUCGACACCAGUAGCGAAGAAGAGAUAUCAGACGUGGAGAAUGAAGUUGUUGCUAAAACGCCCAAAAUUAUGACACCAGAUGAGGUUGAUGCCACAGGGGCUGGAAUGGAUAUAUGCGCUUCUGAAGGAUCCGAACAAGAGGUUGAUUCUGAUAAUGCCGACUCAUUCGGGGGAUUUUCUGAUGCUGGGGAGGAAGAGGAGGAAGAUGAAGCCACAUCUUCGGCUUUACAGAGGCAACGAGAGUUAGACGCAGAACUUCAAGGGAAGCCUCUCAAUGAUCAGUUUGCUACCUCUCGGACAAGUAAGAAAGCUUUGGACCGAAAAAACGCCAUCAAAAAAGUGAACGAGCAAAAGGAAGACAUGGAACGGGCAACUAUGAUGAUGUCGAGAAAGAAGAGGAAAAUCAUGGAAAAGAUGCUUUACAGUAAUUCGAAGAAAAAUGCAGAGGCUGAAUCGUUACGAUCUAAAAGGAGGAAACUAGAAAAGGCAGGAAAGCAAGUUUCUUAG